GCAGUCAGACUCUACUGUCUCCACUGUCUCCACUGUCUCCACUGUCUCCACUGUCUCUACUGUGUCUCCACUGUCUCCACUGUCUCAGUGACUGACUCAGUAAGACAAACUCAUUAACUCAGGACCACCUCGGGACCAACACCUGGACCAACACCUGGACCAGCAGCUGGACCAGCUUGGGGAGCCCAGCUCAGUCUGCAGCUGCAGCAAUGGUUGAUGGGAAGCGGCAGAGCGGCAGGGCAUCUCCUCCGGACGGUGGCUGGGGCUGGGUGAUCGUCGGCUGCUGCUUCAUGGUGACGGUCUGCACACGAGCAGUGACCAGGUGCAUCUCCAUCUUCUUCGUGGAGUUUCAGGCUCAUUUUGGAGCCGACUACUCAGCUACAGCCUGGAUCCACAGUCUGGUGGACUGCACCACCAUGCUCUGUGCUCCCUUAGGCAGUCUGGUUGGUAACAGGUGGUCCUGCAGGGUGGCGGUGAUGGUGGGUGGACUCCUGUCCUCCUGUGGUCUCCUCCUCAGCUCCUUCUCCUCCAGUCUGGAGCUGCUCUACUUCAGCCUGGGUGUCCUCUCAGGUCUGGGUUUCGCUCUGUGUUACACCCCCGCCAUCGCCAUGGUGGGCUGUUACUUCCGGCGGAGGAAGGCGUUGGCGUAUGGCAUCGCCAUGUCGGGCAGCGGGAUCGGGACCUUCGUGUUGGCGCCGGCCGUGCAGCUGCUGAUCGAGCUUUACUCGUGGAGGGGGGCGCUGCUUGUCCUCAGCGCCUUCGUCGCCAACCUCUGCGUCUGCGGGGCGCUGCUUCGACCAAUCACAGUACAAGAGGACGAGGAGGGGGCAGAGGGGGAGGAGCGGGAGUCAACCGGUGAGGAGAGACGAGGUGACGUCUCGCUGCAGGAUGCUGAACUCGCAGUAAAACUCUCCAAACAAACUGAGGACUGCCUUGUGUCAUCAGGUGUGCCGUCGUCAUCCUCACCUUCAUUUUUACCGUCGCUGCCCCUGCUGCCAGGAAACCCCGCCCCUCAGGUAAAGAGGAGGCGGUGCUUCAGUUCCUGCUUCCUGUCCAGUAAGGAGUACCGCUUCCUGCUGCUGCCAGACUUCCUGGGCCUGGCUGUGUCCUUCCUGUUCCUGGCGUGCGGCUGCAGCCUCCCCUUUGUCUACCUGGUGCCCUACGCUCUGAGCGCCGGUGUCAGCCACCAGCACGCCGCCUUCCUCAUGUCCAUCCUGGGAGUCAUCGACAUCGUUGGGAACAUCACCUUCGGAUGGCUGACGGACCGCAGGUGUGUGAAGCCGUACCGUCUGGUGUGUUACAUCGUCUCCGUGGGGAUGGAGGGAAUCUGCUGCCUCUUCACGCCGCUGCUUCGCUCCUUCCCGCUCCUUGUGCCCUUCGCCGUCCUCUACGGAUACUUUGACGGCGCCUACGUCGCUCUGAUCCCUGUGGUGACGUCGGACGUGGUGGGAGCUCCGUACCUGUCCUCGGCACUGGGUGUGGUCUACUUCCUUCACGCCAUCCCCUACCUCAUCAGCCCGCCCAUUGGAGGUUGGCUGGUUGAUGUCACAGGAAGUUAUACGGCCACCUUCUUCCUCAGUGGCACUGCCCUGCUGGCAAGUGCGCUCAUCCUCUCCACCGUGGUCGGGAUUCGUAGGUGCUGCCACCGCCACUAUGUGACCGCUGUCGCCAAUGAAACCAAGGACACCAAGCAUGAGGCCCUCCCCCUCAGCCUGUCUAACAAAUCACACUGCUUCAUUGCCUUCAACAAGGAGCCGGUCAGUCAGGUCAUUGCCUCGUAGCCUCAGAGGAAACGACCAAUUAAAUUCAAUGACACCAAAGAUGACUGGAGGCGUGGGCUGUGAUUGGACGAGCCAGGCACCAAUCAAAUGAAAGCCAGUGGAAGGUUUUCAAAGCAAGAAUCAAAAAGACUGACAAAACUUUAUGGUUUUAUUUUGUAGCAACAGGAAAGAAGCCUCUGUCACGUAACUGUGACGUCUGGACAAUCCCCCAAUUAGACAGGACGAUAAAGAGAAGGAUAAGUGGAAGAUGCUAAUGCUAGCAGACAUGCUAACUGGCAGCUGCUCGUACCUUCAGGCAGGAAAAAAACAUUCAAACAAACAAACAAAAAAGUACUUACAUGUUGAUGUCACUGCUGCGACCGAGAGCUGAAACUUUAAAGUGCCAGUUUGGAUCCGAGGUGGUUUGAGUCGCUCACUGGUCGAGCUACAGUAACAAUGAGUGGACGUCUGUACGGAGUCACACUGAGGCCAAAAGUCUGAACACGAAGAGGUUGAUUUAAAAACUCCAACGUUUCCACAGAUUAAAACUGUGACGUCAUGAGAUCAGUGAGACUUUAAAAUGAUGAUUUCCUGACCGAUGGUCGGACCCUGAACGCUCCGCUCUGAUUUCACAAGUAUAGAGUAAGAAACAAAAAAAAAAAAGGAAAAAAGACAAUCACAUGAUGCUUUUAGAUUGAGUCAGCUUUAAGACAGUUAUUGAUCUAUCAGACAGUUAUUGAUAUCUAUAGUUGUUAUUGAUAUCUAUGGUUGUUAUUGAUCUCUCAGGCAGCUAUUGAUCUCUCAGUGAGUUUUAUUAACAAGUCGAUCAGAGUUAGAUUUUUGCUGCUGCAGGAAGUUGAACUCUUGUUACCAAAGUGUUUUUAUGUUUCCAGUGAAGGUCAGAGGAACAAAGACGUCUUCACUUUUUUAACUCAAUAGACGAAAAAAAAAAAUCAUUAGAUGGAUUUUAAAUAAAAGUUGAGGAGUGUUGACACUCAGUAGGUGGAGGGAAAUCAUCACCAGUCACAAACAUUUACCCUGACUGAGCUUCCUGUUCAUGUCAAAAUAAGAGUCUGGUGCUGGUGUGAAAGACCUGAGUGACAAAAGCUGCUGUUCUUCAUUAGAAUAUUUACACAAAAUUAAAUGUCACUGUUUUCUUUUGUUUGUUACCGACCUCCAUCAUUUCACAAAUACAUGAUGACGAUUGUUUUAUUGAUGAUGAUUAAUUAAAGGAACAUUCUGUCAGA